GUGAGCUGCGCACUGCUCCAGCCCAGAGGAACCUCGAUCCCAGUCUCACAGCAGUGUGGUGGGAGGAUGAGGAACGACUAGGGACAUGAUGGGACCGCACAUCUCCUGCCUGCGACGCAGAACCUGAAACUCAAUGCUGCUUCUGUUGGACUUUCUAAUGCUACGGAGAGACUCAAAAACUUUGAGGCUUCAAGGAUGUUCUUCUCAGAUGGGACUCUCUCAGCCGUCAGUAAUGCGCUCCUGUUGGGAAUAACGUGCCUGACCGUCCUCUGCGAUUUCACGAAGGGCUCUUCAGACUUUUCAGGUUACCUGUCUAAAGUGUUGAGGAACUACACCGAGCAGGCCUGUGAAGGAGACUUCCUGUCUGUUCGCUGCCCGCCCCGCACCACCAUCACCGUCCAAUCAGCUUUCUACGGAAGGAGAGGUGCCUCUGACUCCCAGCAGUGCCCUCAGACCUAUCGAGCCCUCCUAAGUUCUUACAACUCCCGGGAGGAUGAUCGAUAUUGUUCCGUGUCCACUGCACUACAGAAAAUGCUGGACGAGUGCCAAGACAGAAGGAGCUGUCAAGUCCUUGUCAACAGCCGCGUGUUUGGGACAGACCAGUGUCCUGGCAGCAGUAAAUACCUCAUUGUCUGGUACAAAUGCAGACCUAACGAGUAUAAGAGUAAGGUGGUUUGUGAGGAGGAGAGGAUGAGGCUGAGCUGCAAAAGGGGAAUGCAGAUCGCCGUUUACUCCGCCAUGUUUGGCCGAACUCAACAGGGCACCCUGGAGUGUCCCCCUCAUCACAGGAGGGCCCCGUCAGUAGACUGCCAGUCGUCUGUGGCUCUGCAGGUUCUCACCGCUCGCUGUCAGGGCAAGAAGAGCUGUCUUGUCCGAGCCUCCACCAGAGAAUUCGGAGAUCCAUGUUACUCUGGCACCAGGAAGUACCUCAGUGUCAUCUACACCUGUGUCCCAAAGAAGUUGCUCCAGGAGCAGGGCCCCAGACCACCGGUGUUCUCCCCACCACCCAGCGCCCAUGACCCCAACAUAGUGGGAGACAGCCCUCCGGAGGGGAGCUCAGUGAAAAGCCCUGACACUGUUCCAGAUAAGAAGAAGAUUAGGGAGACAAACCCCAACGAGGAGAAGUCUUCAGAAACCGAAAGAGGAGGAGGAGGAGGAGGAAGAGAACGUCCCUUGUGGCCCAGAGGCAUGAAUCCCAUCAUCAACUCCACCUCUAGAGCCAACAUGGCCCUCAUCAGCAACGCACUGGCAGCCUACACCUACAUAUCAGACCACCCAGAGAGGGCAGCGCUCUUCUUCGUCUGCGGUGUGUGUUUGGGCCUCUUCCUCACACUUUUUGCUCUGGUGGUCCAGAUCUCCUGUCGCACCGACUGCCAGCCCCGCCAGCGGCCUCCUGCCAAGAAACGGGCACGUCCUGCUGACUUGUCCUCCGAUUCCAGUGAUUCGGACUCGGACUGGGACACCACCUCUGACCUGUCAGCGCGGAGGCACCGGCGAUUUGAACGCACACUUAACAUGAACGUGUUCACGUCGGCAGAAGAGCUAGAAAGAGCGCAGAGGCUUGAGGAGAGGGAGCGAAUCAUCCGAGAGAUCUGGAUGAAUGGGCAACCGGACAUCCCCGGGACACGGAGCCUCAAUAGGUAUUACUGAGCACUGCUCAGAGGCUUUUUAUAGGAAGCUUACUUGACUUGAACACAUUUUAGGACGCACUUGGAUUGGAACGGGCAAGAGACAAGGCCCUGAUGAAGCUUUAUAAGAAAGCAUGCAACUGCGACUGUGGACUCACACUGAUGAGAACAGUAGAAGGUAUUGCAAACUUGGGAAGAAAAGCUUCCCUCUCUGGUGGUUGGCAUAUUCCUCUGGGUAUCAUAAGCUAUACCCCAUUUAGUAAGAGAAUAAGCUCACUGCGCAGUAAGCUCACCUUUUAGCUGCUUCUUUCUGCUCGAAGAGAGUGGGGGUGAAAGGCUACGCUGCCUUGCCCGUGACCUCGGCAGGCCUUUCUGAAGUGGGGAUUUAUGGGUUAGCUGCUUUAGACACACACACAGGCCUGCAGAGACUACAUGGUGACUGAAGGACCAAGGCAGACCAAGAUGGGUCUGCUUUAUACAGAACGCAGAGAGGCUGCAAGAGACCGUGACCCUCUGAGCUUUAUGCUCAGUACCCUACAAAAUCAAAAGUGUUGACUUUACAGAGGGGCAGCAUGAAGCAGAAAGCAGCGCACUGGACGAUGGGACAAUGUAAGACAAUCUUUCCAUGCUGCAUUUUGAACUUUGCAAAACCAAAAGAUAUUUUUUUCGGGAAUUCAUCUCAACCCUUAUGAAAUAUAUUUUAUAAUAUUUAAUAGUUUAUUGACGUUGUGUAAUUUUGUUCUCAAGUAUGGUUUAUUAUGAGCUAUUUUUAUACUUGGCGAAGGUUGUCUGGCACCUCAGGGAUGCAAUCCUAGUGUUUCUGUGUUUGGUUGACGUAUUUGCUUCCUCAGAAGGGGAUCAGCCCAUUUAAACAGCUAUGUCAGCAUUUAAAGAAAAGAAUUAAAAAUAUAUAAAGAGCCUCAAAGAGGUUUCAGUGAUUUAACCUUAUUUUUGAUACAGUAUGUUUAAUUCACAGUGCAGUGCCUUUUUUAGCUAUUAAGUCACUGUUUUCAAGAGUGCAGCUUGUGUAUCGCUCAAUAACUGGUCAAUUUAUUAAUUGGAAAUAUCAAAUUUGUCAUAUAUGUAUUCCCUUUUACCAUUACUGUUGCUUUGCUGAAGUAGAGCAUGUGUAAAGCCUGAAUGUCAAACGUUGCACUUGCUAUCUUAUCGGACGGAAAUGUACAUAGUAAGAUAAUGCCAAUUUUGUACAAGUGAAUUUGUCAGAAAUGAUUUUUCUGGUCCUCAUUCACAGAAAGUUGCAAAUUUCAGGUUUUGUGUCAACCGCGCCCUUCUUUCAAAGACACCAGUGCUAAACAGAUGCUUGUGGUAAUCGCUGCUCAUGCCCAUCUGAAGAAGGAACGAGCACUGCAAAAUAUGUUCACAGUGAACAUGAAAAGUUGCUUCUCUUAAAUCACAUUGCCAGUUCAAUAACAUAAGCUAUUGUCUAUCCAGUUCUGUUUGUGCUGCCCUGGAUUCAAGCAUAGAAAUAAUUAUAGUUUUCAUAAAAAAGCUUUCAAUUUUCCUGACUGAGAGUUUUAUUGAGAGUACACAGGACAUAUUAAGGUCAUCCACAUAAACACUGCCACUCUACAUAGUUUUUUUUUUAAAUAAAGACAGUUCUUGUGUUUAAAUUUGAAUGGGAUUAAAAUGUGCCAAUAGCUGGUAAGGUGAGACCAAAAUAUGACUCCUGUGCUUGGAAUAAACUGUGUU